AACCGUAUAAUGAAAUUCAAGUCAAAGAAGCCAAAGACAGACUCUUAUCACGUUUUCCGAUCACUUUUAACAAUUUCGAUCCUGUUACAGGUGAAAAGAAAACUGAAAGAUUUUGGCUAAAUUGUAGUCAAAUAUUUUCUUAUGAUGAUAUCCACUAUUUAUUAACAGCACCAUAUAGUAACACAGAUCGAUAUAGAAAAUUGAGGUGCAGGCUAUUAGCUCUUGCGAAAACUCAAAUAGGAGAUUCGAUUAAGUCCGAUCAGAAGUUGUUGAUAAUUGGUGACAUUUCAUUCUAA